UGGAGGGGCAUUUAAACUUUGAUUCGCACCUCGCACGGAGGGGAGGCUAGAUAAACAUAAUAAACAAAGCCAUCUGUCAGGUGCAGUCAGGUGUUCUUUGCGUUUGAGGCCAUUUAAAUCUUUAAAUCAUGCCGCCGGACAUUUUCAGCCUUAAAUAGAAUCUUUCAUCAUUUUCUACCAUGUCGAAGGGUUACAAGGCAGUUUCUUACCAGGAAAUGUGCCGGCUGUGCGCGCAGGUGACCACGAAGCGUGUGGGCAUCUUCAGCGAGGAGGGCCGCAUGCGGGGCGUCGCCAAGAGCAUCCAGCAGCUGCUGUGCAUCAACGUGACGGAGGAGGACCCGCUGCCCAAGACGGUGUGCACCUUCUGCCUCAACAGGGUGGACGAGUUCCGCGAGUUCCACGCCAGCUGCCUCAGCGCCUCGCACUUUCUGCACCUGAAGCUGCCCAGCGUGGAGGAGGCGUCCGGCCGGUGCUACGUCAGCGUCAACGGCCCCGUCCGACCGGCCUGCUUCCGCCGAAAGGCCUUCCGGCACCUCAAGGCGCCCAUCGACACCGCCGCAAUUCCUUCGGCCGCGUCCGAGCAGCCCGAGGAUGAACAGGAGGAGGACGCGCCCGUGGAGGUGCGCGAAUACGAGGAGUGUGUCCAGCAGCCCAACUCGGCGAGUGAAAAUUACACCAGCAACGACAUCCUCCAGCUCUUCGAAGACACGGUGGACACGGAUUAUUUUAAUCAGGACCACGACUACAUGUCCAUCGACCCCUCGAUAAAGGAACUGCUCACGCCCAAAAAGCUGCCGGUCCCUGUCAAGAAUUUUGAAAAGGUGAUGGCUGUGCAGGACCACGACUACCUGAGCGCCUACGAGAACCCAAUGACCCCGAGCGUGGUUCCUUCCCUGGGACCAUUCGCGGACAACCUGGUGAACCUGCUGGACUGCAAGGAGCAGGGCGAGUUCAUCGAGCACAACUACUUCCUUCCCUCGGUGCCGUCGGCUUUCGAACCUGAGAAACCGGUGGACAGUCCGCAGGAGGAGGCGGCGGCAGAGGAAGUGGUGCCUGCCGAGGAGGAGCAGUGCGAGUUGUGCGGAAGCCUCUUCGUCUCGUUCGACGGCCACGACUGCUCCGCAGACUUUGAGCGACAGUGCGAGACCUGCGGAUGUCUUUUCCAGACCAAUACAGACUUUUUGGCACACGAGUGCGCCAACCCUGAUUUAGUUAAGGAGUUUCAACAGGCCGAGAGUGAAAAUUUGGUGCAGUGCGAGGAGUGCGGUUCGUUAUUCCGGGUGAGCAGCCACCACGACUGCCUGGCGGACUACGACCGGCAGUGCGACAAGUGCGGAAUGGUCUUCCAAACCAACAGCUUAUUCCAGGAGCACGGCUGCUUCGUGCCAGGGCAGAAAACCUGCGAGCUCUGCCGAAAGAAAUUCAGGUCAAGAGCGAAACUCAAGAGACAUUUGUUGAAAACCCAUUUAGCCGUGAGGAAAGGCCCGUUUCAGUGCAACAUCUGCAACGCCGUGUACACGCGGCGCGCCUUUUUCUCGCAGCACAUGCAGCAGCGGCACUUCAAAAACCCAAAACUGAAAUUAAAUUUCGAAAUCUCGUCCGAGCCGAGGAGCAAGCGAAUCGAGUGCAGGGAAUGCGGCAAAAACUUCUCAAGCAACUCCAGUUUGGCGCUGCACAGGCGGCUGCACACCAAGGCUUACUCAAAGUUUACGUGCGAGAUCUGCAAUCUGCGGUUUAUGAAGCAGAUGGAUUACUGCAAGCACGUGUCGGCUCACUUGGUGCAGCACAAAUUUCCCUGCGACGAGUGCCAUAAAGGGUUCGAAACCAAGAAGCAGUGGGACAACCACAAAGUCAGGCACAGUGCCAACAGGAAAAUCAGGGCUGUUCAGAUCUCCAGGAAGGAAAAUAGUGACUCUAAUCAUUAAAAAUGGUCAGCGUUGAUGUUAUGAUUAUUAAAUGACUUAUUUUCCAAAGA